CCCCGCCGCGGUUGCCGCCGCCAUGAUGAGGCGCACGAAGCCCGAAGUGGAGCGGUACGUCGCCUCCGUGCAGGCCGCCGCGCCUUCCUCCAGAGAGAAAUCGAUGAAAGGAUUCCUCUUUGCUAAGCUUUAUUUUGAAAUAAAAGAAUAUGAACUGGCUAAAAGGUAUAUAUCUACAUACCUCAACGUACAAGAGAGAGAUCCCAAAGCACACAGAUUUCUUGGACAAAUUUAUGAAGCUGAGGAUAACAUAGAAAAAGCUUUUGGGUGUUACAAGCGUUCUGUGGAAUUGAACCCAACACAGAAAGACCUUGUAUUGAAGAUUGCAGAGUUACUAUGCAAUAAUGACAUUACGGAUGGAAGAGCAAAAUACUGGGUUGAGAGAGCUGCUAAGCUCUUUCCUGGGAGUCCCGCUGUUUACAGGUUGAAGGAGCAGUUACUGGAUUGUAAAGGUGAAGAUGGAUGGAAUCAGCUUUUUGACUUGAUUCAAGCAGAACUUUAUGCAAGACCCGAUGAUGUCUACAUAAACAUCAGACUAGUUGCACUCUACCGUUCAAAUAACAGAUUAAGAGAUGCUGUGCUCCAUUGUCAGGAAGCAGAGAAGAAAAUACCUUUGCAGUCAAGCCUGGAAUGGUGUUCCUGUGUUGUAGAGACAUUUGAGGAAUAUCUGGAAUCUUUACAAGACUUGGAGUCUGAUAAAAAUAACUGGAGAGCUAUCAAGAAAGAUCAUCUGCUGGCCUAUUCUAGCUUUGUCAAAAUGACACUUUCUUCUAGAGAUGUUCAGGAAUGCAGAGAGGCACUUGAAAGUUUUGAUCGUGUGCUUCAGUCAGUGAAACCAUAUGUGAAUGGGCCGGAUGAGUUGUCUCGUACCUUUGUGGAAAUGAAAGGACAGCUGUACAUGCAUGCUGGAACUUUGCUACUGAAAAUGGCCCAACACAAUGAGGCACAGUGGAGAGUUGUGUGUGAACUAGCAGCAUUGUGUUAUCUGAUAAGUUUCCAGGUUCCUAAACCAAAGUCAAAACUAAUAAAGGGGGAUCAAGCUGGACAAGAUGUGCUUGAAAUGUUGGCCUGUGAUCGAAAAAGCCAGUCUGGUCAUAUGCUGCUGAACUUAAGCCAUGGCAAGCAAGAUUUCUUUAAAGAGAUUGUGGAAUCAUUUGCAAACAAGAGUGGUUCGUUUACAUUGUUUGAUAGCCUGUUUGAGAGUGGAGCUUCUAAAGAGAGAUCUUUUAUUGGCACAGAUGAUAUUGGAAAUGUCAAUACACAAGCACCAGUGCAAGUGGAACUUAAUAAAUAUGAUAUUGGUGCUGUUCGAAUGCACAGUGGCAGUCUCCAGCACCUCGUGUGGCUUGGCUUGCAGUGGAACUCUAUGUCAGUCUUACCCCCAAUGCGCAAAUGGUUAAAACAGCUUUUUCACUUGCCCCAAGAAACAUCAAGACUUGAGACAGAUGCUCCUGAAUCCAUUUGCCUAUUGGACCUUGAAGUAUUCCUACUUGGGGUGGUAUUCACUAGCAACUUACAAUUGCAAGAGAAGUUUAAUUCUCACUACGGUGCACAUCAGCCUCAAUUCUUACCACUGCCAGUGUGCAAACAGCUCUAUACCGAAAAGCAAAGAUCCUGGUGGGAUGCCGUUCGUACUCUUAUUCAGAGAAAAACAACACCAGGAACAGCAGCAAAACUGAGGCUUAUCGUGCAGCAUGGAAUAAGUACUCUGCGAACACUGGAGAAACAUGGCCUUCAACCUGCCUUAAUUAUACACUGGGCAAAAAGCCUGCAAAAAACAGGCAUUAGCCUUAACUCUUUCUAUGACCAGAAGGAAUACAUUGGACGAAGUGUCUAUUACUGGAAGAAAGUUUUGCCUAUGCUGGAAACUAUCAAAAAGAAGAGGAGUAUUCCUGAACCUACUGAUCCUCUCUUCAAACACUUCCAUAGUGUAGACAUUCAGGUGUUUCAGGUUGCAGCGUAUGAAGAAGAGGCACGUAUAGCAUUUGCAAUGUUGGAUGCAGUUGAUGGCAAAACUGAUGAUGCUUUAUUAGCAUUUGAAGCUAUUAAGAAUGUGGUUUCAUACUGGAAUCUUGCCGUGAUCUUCCAAAGAAAGGCUGAAGAGAUUGAAAAUGAUGCCAUGCUGCCAGAAGAACAAGAAGAACACAAAACCUAUCUUCUUAAAAGCAAGCAUUAUUUAAUGAAAAUCAUUGAGGAAAGCUCCUCAGAUAUGUCAGUAACUGAGAAACUGCCGGUGUCUAUUGAAACUGUGAGGGAAAUGCUAGAUACAGUGAUCCAGGAACUUGGUGAGAAUGGUGAAGAGGGAAGUCCUGCCUUCAGAAAUGGCCUGUCACGAGCUGUAGAUUCGGAGAUGAAACAUUCCACUCCAUCACCAACUAAGUUCUCUCUUUCACCAACUAAGAGCUACAAGUUUUCUCCGAAAACUCCUCCUCAGUGGGCAGAAGAUCACAGAUCUAUACUUCAGAUGAUCUGUCAGCAAGUGGAAGCUUUAAAGAAUGAAAUGCAAGAAAUGAAACUUAAUAAUUCCAACUCAAAUGCGUCGUCUCAUCGGUGGCCUGCUGAAAGCUAUGGAACAGAUACGAUGUCAGAGGGCUAUCAGAGAGCACAAAAUCUUCAUGAGGCUCCAUUAACAGUUGCUACCACUGGCCCAUCUGUUUACUACAGCCAGUCCCCUGCCUAUAACUCUCAGUAUCUUCUCAGAACUGCUGCGACCAAUGUAACACCAACGAAGGCUCCUGUCUAUGGCAUGAACCGACUUACACCUCAGCAACAUAUAUAUGCUUAUCAACAACCAAUGCAUACACCACCUCUGCAAAACACUUCUGCUUGUAUGUUUUCCCAAGAAAUAUAUGGCACACCUCUGCGUUUUGAUUCUCCUGCUACUGGACUCAUUUCCCCUCGUGGGGGUGAUGAUUAUUACAAUUAUGGUGUUCCACAGGCAAGCACAAAUCCACCAUUGCCUGAACCAGGCUAUUUCACAAAGCCUUCAGUCGCGCCACCAGCUUUAAAGCCUGCAGAAUCAAAAGUGAUAGAGUUUCCAAAAUCUAAAUUUGGACAGCCAGGAACAGCAGAAGGAUCAAAAACAUCUCUGCCAACACCAGCACAGUCGAGUCAGCCAACAACUUUUAAAUUCAACACUAACUUCAAGUCUAAUGAUGGAGACUUUACCUUUUCUUCUCUUCAAGCUACAACGCAGCCUGCUAAUGCAGCUUUUAAUAGCAGCGAAAGCCUUUUGGGUCUUCUGACAUCUGAUAGACCUUUACAGGAUGAUAGACAUAUCGAACAAAAACCAGUUAAUGAUCACACAAAUAGUCAAAGAAACAUCUUCAAUUUUGGCAAUAAACAUAUUCCAGGCAUCUCUUUUAGAGAAAGCAUGGGACAAAAUGCGCACAAAACCCUGGGUUUUGAGAAGAGCGAUAUGUUUAGUGUCCAAGAACCAAGCAAGCUUGUAUUUAUGACUUCAAAUUCAGAUUUGGCCAAUAGAAGUCAUGAAGGUCAUGAGGGAGGAAGCACCCAUGGUGGAGACGAGGAUGAUGAUGGUCCUCAUUUUGAUCCUGUGGUACCACUCCCUGACAAGAUUGAAGUAAAGACAGGUGAGGAAGAUGAAGAAGAAUUCUUCUGCAACAGAGCCAAGCUCUUUCGUUUUGAUGCAGAAUCUAAAGAAUGGAAAGAAAGGGGUAUUGGAAAUGUGAAAAUACUGAAACAUAAAGUGUCUGGCAAAUUUCGUCUUCUAAUGAGACGGGACCAAGUACUGAAAAUCUGUGCAAAUCACUACAUAAAUACCGAUAUGAAAUUAACUCCCAAUGCUGGAUCAGAUAAGUCAUUUGUAUGGCAUGCUUUAGAUUAUGCAGAUGAGUUGCCAAAACCAGAACAGCUUGCAAUUAGAUUUAAAACACCUGAGGAAGCAAUGCUUUUCAAAAGUAAGUUCGAGGAGUCACAGAAUAUUUUAAAAACCUUGGGAUCAAAUGUUGACACAUCUGUGACUCAGAGUAGUGGGACUGCAAGAGAAACAACAAAUCAGGACAUCAAGGAGCCUAGCAGAUCCAUUUCUGGGACCCUGAACUUUGGCUUUCAGUUCCCAAAAGAUGGGGUGAGCAGUGAAUCUGAUAGCAAAGGCAGUCUUACAGCUACAUCAACUGCGUCUGGCCCUACCACUUUUUCAUUUGGAAAGGAAGCCCCGCAAACCUAUUCUUCUGGUGGGUUUGGGCAGCAUCUCGUGAAGAAGGAUCAAUGGGAGUGUAAAGUAUGUUUAGUUCCAAAUGAAGCAGCUGCAAAGAAUUGUGUGUCAUGUCAAAGUCCAAAUCCAGAUAUGUGGGAAACACAUGGCACCCCAUUAACUGACUCUGCUGGAAGUUUCAAAGCCAGUGGUAGUACUGUGCAGGACAAAUUUGGAUCUGCUUUUGCUAAAAAGGAAGGUCAAUGGGAUUGCAGUGUCUGUUUAGUAAGAAACGAACCCACUGCCUCCAAGUGUGUUGCGUGCCAGAAUCCAAACAAAACUAAUACAGCAGUAUCUGGUCAACAAACUACUUCUAAAUUUGGCCAAGCAAUUGCUCCAAAGGCUAUUCAAAAUGACUUGGGAACUGCAUUUUCUAAAAAAGAAGGUCAGUGGGACUGCUCUGUCUGUUUAGUAAGAAACGAACCCACUGCCUCCAAGUGUGUUGCGUGCCAGAAUCCAAACAAAACUAAUACAGCAGUAUCUGGUCAACAAACUACUUCUAAAUUUGGCCAAGCAGUUGCUCCAAAGGCUAUUCAAAAUGACUUGGGAACUGCAUUUUCUAAAAAAGAAGGUCAGUGGGACUGCUCUGUAUGCCUAGUCCAAAAUGAAGCAAAAGAUGUGAACUGUCAUUCUUGUCAGAAUCCUAACUCUCAAAGUCAACCAAAUGUGCCUAUACCUAAUGUUCAGGCAUCCCCUGCUCCCAGGUUUGGUUCCAUUGCUGAUGCAAGUAAGCCACAGAAAAAUGGAUUUGAAGGGCUUUUUACUAAAAAGGAAGGGCAGUGGGAUUGUAGUACUUGUCUUGUGAGGAAUGAAGGUUCUUCACCAGCCUGUGCAGCCUGCCAAACGCCAAAUCCAUCUGGUAAGCCUGCUGGUGAUGCUUCAUCAACUCCUACUUUUGGCUUGAAAAGUAAGUUAUCCGAACCUGCUGGAGGACAGUUGGGAACAGGCUUCAAGUGUGAUUUCUUAGAAAAGGGCUUUAAGUUUGGUCAUGGUGAGCAAGGCAAGACACCAUCAUUUACGUUUCAGAUUCCUUCUGAUACUGAAGCUAAGUCUGCAAAGGAAGGAUUUAGCUUUGCGAUGCCAGUGCCUGCAGAUGGAUUUAAAUUUGGGAUACAGGAGUCUAGUAAAAAUACCACUAAGAAAGAUGAGCCAUCCAAAGAAUGUACAACUGGCUUCUUGAAAAGCACUGAUGAAAAAGACAAAAAGGAACCGCCUUCAGAUAGUGGAAUUACGUUCCAAUUUCAAGAAUCGGCAAACAAGGAGAAAGGCGACUUUGUUUUUGGGCAAAAUAGCAGCACUUUUACUUUUGCCGAGCUUGCAAAAAGUACUCCUGGGGAAGGCUUUCAGUUUGGCAAAAAAGACCCUAACUUCAAAGGCUUUUCAGGUGCAGGUGAAAAACUGUUUUCUUCACAGGAUUCUAAACCAGAUCACAAAUCAAAUACAUCUGCUGACCUUGGUGAGAAGGAUGAUGAUGUGUAUAAGACAGAGGACAGUGAUGAUAUCCAUUUUGAACCUAUAGUUCAGAUGCCUGAAAAAGUAGAACCAUUUACAGGAGAGGAAGAUGAGAAAGUGUUAUACUCCCAAAGAGUAAAGCUGUUCAGGUUUGAUCCAGAAACAAGCCAGUGGAAAGAACGUGGGGUGGGUAACCUGAAGAUUCUUAAAAAUGAAGUUAAUGGCAAAGUAAGAAUAUUAAUGCGGCGUGAGCAGGUACUGAAGGUGUGUGCAAAUCACUGGAUAACAACAACAAUGAACUUGAAACAGCUGUCUGGCUCAGACAAAGCAUGGAUGUGGAUGGCCAAUGACUACUCUGAUGGUGACGCUAAGUUGGAACAUCUGGCAGCAAAAUUCAAGACGCCAGAGCAGGCUGAGGAGUUCAAACAGAAGUUUGAAGAAUGUCAGAGGCUACUACUAGAUAUACCGCUGCAGACACCCCAUAAACUUGUUGAUACAGGUAGGACAGCUCAACUUAUACAGAAAGCAGAAGAAAUGAAGUGUGGCUUAAAAGAUCUCAAAACGUUUCUGACAGAUGACAAAACUAAACUGUCAGAAGAGGAAAAUGGAAACUCUGUUUGUGCCAGCAGUACUUCUGAUCUGGUUAUAAAGCCGCACGCUGAAAGUACUGGGCCUACUCUGGAAUGGGAUAACUAUGAUUUGCGUGAAGAAGCAUUGGAUGAUAGUGUAAGUAGUUCUGUGUAUGCAUCACCUCUUGCAAGUAGCCCUGUAAGGAAAAAUCUGUUUAGAUUUGGAGAGUCUACCACAGGUUUUAGUUUCAGCUUUAAAUCUGCCUUGAGCCCAUCCAAAUCUCCUGCCAAACAGAACCAGAGUAGAACAUCAGUAGGCACAGAUGAAGAUUCUGAUGUUACUCAGGAAGAGGAGAGAGAUGGGCAGUACUUUGAACCUGUGGUACCUCUGCCUGAUCUUGUGGAAGUGACCAGUGGUGAGGAAAAUGAGCAAGUUGUCUUCAGUCACAGAGCUAAGCUCUACAGAUAUGACAAAGAUGCUAAUCAGUGGAAGGAGAGAGGUAUUGGGGACAUCAAGAUAUUACAGAACUAUGACAACAAACAAGUACGUAUAGUAAUGAGAAGGGACCAGGUACUAAAACUCUGUGCCAAUCAUCGAAUAACACCAGACAUGAAUAUGCAACAAAUGAAAGGAUCCGAUAGAGCAUGGGUAUGGACUGCAUGUGACUUUGCAGAUGGAGAAAGGAAAGUAGAACUUCUAGCUGUGCGAUUCAAGCUGCAAGAUGUUGCAGACUCAUUUAAGCAAAUUUUUGAUGAAGCAAAGCAUGCCCAAGAGAGAGAGACAUUGAUAACACCUCUUUCUUCUCGUGCCAAUACACCAAAGGAAUCUCCGUGUGGUAAAAACGCUGUAGCUGUACUGGAAGAAACUACCAGAGAAAGAACUGACCUUAGCCAUGGUGACAAUACUUCCGAUGUAACUGUAGAGGUUACAGAGGUGUCAAACACUUCUGAAACACCAACAAAAACAGUGGUUUCUCCUCCAAAGUUUGUAUUUGGAUCUGAAUCUGUCAAGAGCAUUUUCAGUAAUGAAAAGUCAAAGACUUUCACGUUUGGAAAUACUUCAGCCACUGGUUCUCUCUUUGGCUUCAGCUUUAAUCCUCCAAGAAAGAGUGAAGACCACAUUCCAAUGUCUCAGAACACAGCGCAGAAAGAACUGGAAGUCUCUGAACCACCAAAAAGCUCUAGUGCUCCUCAGAAGCCUCCAGACAGCAAGGUAGACAACUUGCCUACUUCAACACAAGAUGGACCCUCCAACUUCUCAUUUAGAAUUCUGGAAAAAGGAUUUAAUUUUAGCCUUUUUAAAUCUAAUCCAAUGGCCUUUUGGACAAGCACAUCUUCCUUGCAACCUGAUAGUAAAGCUGAGAAGACAACGGUGGCAGAAGGUGAUCUUCCAUCUGAUGAAGUUGUAAUAGUUUAUGAGUUAACACCUACCCCUGAACAGAGAGCUCUUGCUGGCUUUCUCAAGCUACCUUCAACCUUCUUCUGUUACAAGAAUAAGCCUGGAUAUGUGAGUGACGAGGAUGAUGAUGAAGACUAUGAAACAGCUGUUAAAAAACUUAAUGGAAGACUGUAUCCCAGUGAUUCAGAAGAGAAGAAGAAAUUGCAAGAACCUGUAAAAGUAGGCAUCGCAGGAAAAAGUGAAUUCAACAAUGAAAGAGAAUGUGCUACUACUUGGGAAAAGAAACCAACUCCUGAGGAGAAGGCUAAAGCAGAAACUCUGCAGGUUCCUUCUACAUCUGUCUGCGGUGUCAGCAGUGAUACUGAGGAUGACAGUCCAGAAGACUUUCAGACAGAAGUUAAAAUUCAAGAAACAAAAUCCCAGGAGAAUGAGGUUACAAGUUCGGCUGACUUAGUCUGUACCAGUAAGGAAGAAGUACCUACUCCAUCAACUGGUGAGGUGACAGUAUCUGUCCAGUCAGUUACCAACAGUGAAGAACCAGAUUCCACCACGGAGACUGUGCAUGUAUCACAGACUUUAUCAGGAGCUGAUGACAAACCUGUAGACUUGUCAACUAAAAAAAGUGAUUCAGACUGUCCAGAGUCAACACAAGAAAACAGAAUCAUCUCAUUUGGUUUCGGCAGUACUGCAGGCUUGUCAUUUGCAGAUCUGGCUUCCAAAAACUCUGGAGACUUUGCUUUUGGCUCAAAAGAUAAAAACUUCAAAUGGGCGAAUACAGGAGCAGCUGUGUUUGGGGAGACAGCCCGUAAAGCAGAUGAAGAUGAAGGUGGUAGUGAUGAUGAGGUGGUACAUAGCGACGAUAUCCACUUUGAGCCAAUUGUGUCUUUACCAGAGGUGGAGGUAAAAUCUGGAGAAGAAGAUGAAGAAAUUCUCUUCAAAGAGAGGGCAAAACUUUACAGAUGGGACAGGGAUGCUACUCAGUGGAAGGAGCGUGGUGUUGGAGAGAUAAAGAUCCUCUUCCAUACACAGAAGAAAUACUAUAGAGUCCUAAUGAGAAGAGACCAAGUUCUUAAAGUUUGUGCAAACCAUGUCAUCACCAAAGAAAUGAACUUAGUGCCCUCUGAUACGUCAAACAAUGCUUUAAUUUGGACAGCCACAGAUUAUGCCGAUGGUGAAGUAAAGGUAGAACAACUUGCAGUCAGAUUUAAAAGCCAAGAAAUGGCUAAUUCUUUCAAGAGGAGGUUUGAAGAAUGCCAGCUAAGUUUGUCAGAACUACAGAAAGGACACUUAUCUCUGGCAGCAGGACUGUCAAAGGACACCAACCCUGUUGUGUAUUUUGAAGUUUCUGCUGAUGAUGAACCUUUAGGACACAUAACCAUGGAGCUGUUUUCAAAUAUUGUCCCUCGAACUGCUGAAAAUUUCAGGGCCCUGUGCACAGGAGAGAAAGGAUUUGGAUUCAAGAACUCCAGGUUUCACAGAAUAGUCACUGACUUUGUGUGUCAGGGAGGUGAUAUAACUAACGAUGAUGGAACAGGUGGACGGUCGAUUUAUGGAACAGCAUUUGAAGACGAGAAUUUUGAAGUGAAACACACCGGUCCUGGAUUGUUGUCAAUGGCAAAUAAGGGCAGGGAUACGAAUAAUUCUCAGUUCUUCAUAACUCUUAAAAAAGCAGAACAUUUGGACUUCAAGCAUGUGGUAUUUGGGUUUGUGAAAGAUGGAAUGGAUGUUGUGAAAAAGAUUGAAUCCUUUGGUUCUCCUAAAGGUCUAGUAAAUGGAAGAAUUGUCAUUACAGACUGUGGGCAAAUAUAGAAUUAUUGCUUUCAGUAUACAGAUGUUCUAGCAGUAUAAAUCAGUAUUUAGAUGUUAUUGACUAAUUAUUUCCACUUCUUAAAAUGGACACUUCUGAUGUAUAAAUGUAAAAUUACAGCUUAUAGGUGGGGUUUUUAUGUGUUCCAAUUGAUUUUUUGCAUGUUAAAUAAAAAGUUCAGACACUGGCAUAUUUCAGGUGUAUUUGUGUUAUCCUGACAUAUUUGUAUUAAAUGUCAAAUUUUAAAAAUUAAAUCUUAGUCUUGUUAAAAUAAA